CAAAACAUGUGAUAUUGGGCGGCAAAAUAUCAAAUUCGAAUGGCUUCCAUCAUCAAUCACAGUAGAUCAGUUAAAAAGUUGUAUAAGACGAUUUUAAAACUCAACCGUGGUUUACCUCCCGAAUUGUGUAUGUUGGGCAAUGAAUAUGUUCGCGACGAAUUUAAAAAACACAAAAAAUGCAAUCCUGAAGAGGCCAAUAUAUUUAUUGACGAAUGGACGGUUUACGCAAUUACCGUUGCUGAGCAAUUAGGUUUAAGAGGCCCGAAAACAGCACGAAAAUUGGGUAUGAACUUGCAGGAUGAAGAUUUGGAUCAAUUUCGUUAUGAACAAAUACAACAAUUGUAUAAUUUAAAAAUUGCAGCUACUAAACCUCCUAUUAACGAUAAUCACUAAUAUUUAUAGUGUUAUCACAAUUAUUUUGUUUUUGACCAUGUUCUGUUAAUAUUUAAUUUAAAUCAAAUAUACUCUUGAAUAGGACAGUAUAGGUACCAUAUCAUUGAACUAUACUGGAAGGGAAACAAGCAUAGAUAUAUGAUUAGCAUUGUUUAGUUAUUAGAGAAGCCAGACGAGUGGUAGUAUCUUUAUCUCUCUCACACUAGUAUAACAUUAAAUUCGUUGACAUAA